CGGUAGGAGCAGCUCGGCGGCGGCGCGCGGUGCUCGGUGCUCGGUACUCGGUUGCCCGGUGGUGACGCGACGGAUUGCUUGCGUUUUGUUGGAAUUGCAGGACGGGGAUGCGCGUGCAGCUUUAAUUGCAACAUUUCCCCGCGCUUUUGUCCCCCUCUCCUUCCCGGGAUUGCUUCGGGAGCGCGCGGGUGGAGAGUUUCUACUUUACUUGGAUGUUGGAUGUUGCAUGGCGGGAACGCGCGCGGAGCUGCGCACCACCACUGCUGGAUUAGCGCGGUCCGGAGGCAGCGGCGCGCGGAGCUGCCGGCUUCUCGGUGGGCGUGAAUGACGGGCAUGGUCUCCUGCCGCACGAGGAUGGCGCUCUUCAUCGUGGAGAUAGCUUAGGAUCCUCCCUGAAACAUCUCGCGCGCUCUGCUCCGACCGGAACUGGGAUUUCUCUCAAUCGCUCGCUGUGUUGGAUCUUUUUGGAUUGUUUGCGGCAUUGAAGAGUAGUGUAUGCGCGUGUGAGUAAGUGUGUAUGCGUGAGUGUGUGAGUGUGUAUGAGUGUGUGAGUGUGUAUGUGCAUAUGUGCGAGUGUGUGUGCGCGUGAUGGAUAAGGGCUAUGAAGGCUUGGAUGUUGCCCCGCCGUCUAGCCCUGCACCAGCUGGGGCAGAGAAGAGCAGCAGAACGGGAGAAAACGACAUGUGAGGUGGAGAAGACCCCCAGCCCCUGAGGAUCCCACCCAUCCGAGGCUGCCAUUCCUUCAUCGAGGUGUCCGAACCUGAUUUACAAUGGAAAAACUGCUGGUCUGCCUGUUGGUUAUUGGAAUGGCAGUGAAGGCCCAGAUCUGUCCGAAGCGCUGCGUCUGUCAAAUACUGUCGCCGAACCUCGCCACGCUCUGCGCAAAGAAAGGGCUGCUCUUCGUCCCGCCCAACAUCGACCGGCACACGGUGGAGCUGCGGCUUGCCGACAACUUCAUCACCAGCGUCAAGCGGAAAGACUUCGCCAACAUGACCAGACUGGUGGACCUCACCUUGUCACGGAAUACAAUAAGCUACGUCACGCCAUAUGCAUUCUCAGACCUGGAGAACCUCCGGGCCUUGCACCUCAACCACAACCGGCUCACUCGGAUAGGCAACGACACCUUCAGCGGCAUGUCCAAGCUGCAUCACCUGAUCCUCAACAACAACCAACUUACCCUCAUCCACAUGGGAGCCUUCAAUGACCUCCUGGCACUGGAGGAACUGGACCUUUCCUACAACAACCUGGAGACUAUCCCCUGGGAGGCCAUCCAACGGAUGAUCAGCCUGCACACCCUCAGUCUGGACCACAACAUGAUCGAGUACAUUCCCGAAGGAACGUUUUCCCUCCUGCAGAAGCUCAAUCGAUUGGACGUAACCUCCAACAAGCUCCAGAAGCUUCCGCCGGACCCUCUAUUCCAGCGUGCCCAAGUCCUUGCAACGUCUGGAGUGCUCAACCCUUCCUCGUUCGCCCUGAGCUUCGGAGGAAACCCUCUGCACUGCAACUGCGAGCUUCUUUGGCUACGGCGCUUGAGUCGAGAGGACGACUUGGAGACUUGCGCCACUCCGCCUCAUCUUUCUGGACGCUACUUCUGGUCGAUUCCGGAGGAAGAGUUCCUCUGUGAACCGCCGUUGAUCACUCGGUACUCUCACGAGAUGAGGGUCCUCGAGGGCCAGAGGGUUGCACUAAAGUGCAAAGCGAGGGGUGACCCCGAACCUGCGAUCCACUGGAUAUCUCCAGAAGGAAAGCUGGUCUCCAAUUCCUCUCGUGCCGUGGUCUACAACAACGGUACGCUGGACAUACUGAUCAGCACAGUGAAGGAUUCGGGUUCGUUCACCUGCAUCUCCUCCAAUCCGGCAGGAGAAGCCCAUCAGACUGUGGACCUAGUCAUCAUCAAGCUUCCUCACAUCAGCAACAGCACCAACAACAUCCAGGAGCCGGACCCUGGAUCCUCCGACAUCUCCACCUCCACCAGGGCCGGCGCUAACGGAAGCAACCACACGGCAGACUCCAAAACCAGCCUGGACAAGCGGGUGGUCAUUGCCGAAGCCACCUCGUCCACCGCUCUCAUCAAAUUCAACUUCCAGAGGAAUAUACCUGGAAUCCGCAUGUUUCAGAUACAGUACAACGGAACGUACGACGACUCCCUCGUUUACAGAAUGAUCCCGCCCACAAGCAAAAACUUCCUGGUGAAUAACCUGGCUGCCGGGACGCAGUACGACCUGUGCGUUCUGGCGAUCUACGACGACGGCAUCACGUCCCUGACCGCCACCCGGGUGGUGGGCUGCGUCCAGUUCACCACCGAGUCCGAGUACCUGCGCUGCCACUUCAUGCAGUCGCAGUUCCUGGGCGGCACCAUGAUCAUCAUCAUCGGCGGCAUCAUCGUGGCGUCAGUCCUCGUCUUCAUCAUCAUCCUCAUGAUCCGGUACAAGGUGUGCAACGGCGGCGACCGCGGCAAAGGAUCGGCCGUCACCAGCAUGCACUCGCAAACCAACGGGGCUCAGUCGCAGGGCUGCAGCGUCACGCCAUCCGCGUCCAAAGAGGGCGCUCUGGCGUUGGAAGGAGGCGAGAAAAGCGUCCAGAAGGUGGCGCCGCCCCCUCCGGAUUCCCUCACCCACUCCUCGGAGACCUCCCUCCCAGACUGUUCCACCACGUCCACGUCCGUGGUCAGCCCGAGCUGGACGACUCCGGGCUCGUCCGGGUCGCUCAAGCCAAAGCGCAAACCGGCGCCCAAGCCGGCCGAGGCCAAGCCGGACGCUCUGACCAAUCCCGAGACUCAAAACACCAACCGGAACAACUCCACCGCGCUGCAGCAGCCGCUAAUCCCCGCCCCCACGCUCCCCUCACGCUUUAAAGACACUCCCAUCCUGCGGAGGGCGCACCCCAGACCCUCCGCGACCAAGUACAUGACACUGCCGGUGGAGGGGGUGCGCGCCAAGCGGCGGUACUCCCUGAACGAGGACCUGUCCAAGCACCACUGCUUCAUCGGGCAGGCGCACAAGUUCGGGAACAUGUGGUCCAAGCGGAGUCUGUCCAUGAACGGCAUGCUAGCGCAAACAGAAAACUCGGAUAUAGAUGGUAGCAAAGCCAUGUGUUCCAGUUCAGAGUGGAUCCUAGAGAGCACAGUGUGAAUGUAGUGAGACAGUAGUGAUUAAUUCGUGCCUGUGUGCUGAAUCACGAGGGCUGGACGGAGCUUCGGGGACGCCUAACUUACUAACUUAAGCAAAAAUACAGAAGAUUAAAAAUAAAAAAAAAUUAAAACAGAUUAUAUUUAAUCAGUGGAAACAAAAAUACAAAUAAUAACCAUUUCAACCUUCAUCCUUUUUUGCAUUCUUGGUAAAAUUAUGAUUUAUUUUAAAAUGAACGACAGAUAUUUCUGCAAUAAUAAAGAAAAUAACAGAUUUAUCCCAAAAGAGAUAAUUGAUAUAAAUUGAUAUAUGGUUAUUCUUUGUAAGGGCUCAUUUGUAAUAAUACUACUAUUAAUAAUACUAAUAUUAAGGACAAAAGCACAGCAACAUCAUUUCUUUUUUCUCCUAUAUGUAGAGACAGUAUUUUGCAACAUACACUUCAUAGUUUCAUAGAGUUCCAUAUGAUGGUUUUCAUUAACAGUGAAUAUUAAAGAGAAAUUUGAUAAUAACUAAAAAUCUAAAAUAUUUCAUUUAAUACAUAUGUUAUAUGUAAUGUAAUACAAAUAGAGCUGGGCAAUAUAUAGAUUUAUUUUACCAUAUUGUGGUAAAUUCUCUUAUCUUACCGACUUAUUGUAUCAAAACUGCAGAUAAAAGUUGGGAAACAAUUAAGGAAUUAUAUAAGCAGAAAUCGAUUGUAUUCACCUAAAGAUAAGUAAAGAGGACAUUUAGGUGAAGCUGACUUAUAAUUAUAGAAUAUAACAGAAUAUAAUUGUAAUCACAUCAACAAGUUCAUGUUCAUAAAGUUUUAAGAGUUCAGAAAUAAUCAAUAUUUGGUGAAAUAACCCUGCUUGGUUUUUAAUCACAGUUUUAAUUUCAUGCAUCUUGGCAUCAUGUUCUCCUCCUCCACCAGUCUUACACACUGCUUUUGGAUAACUUUAUGCUGCUUUACUCCUAGAGAGACAAGACCUAGUAUAUGUCCAAUGCAAACACCACUGUGCACCGCUGAUCAGUUAACACAUUUCGUUGAUUUAUUGAAUUAAUAUCUCUGUAAUGAUAUAAACAGUUGGGUCAGGGUUCUUUAAGCACUGAUAUGCUUAUGCUUAUGCUUUUG